AUGUUAAAAAUUUGGUGGGAUAAUUAUCUUACUGAAGAUAAUCGAGCCCAAAUAUUAAAUGCAGUAACCAUAGGAACUGUAUUAAAAAUGCAAGGAGAAAUGCAAGUAGCUCUUGAAGAAGCAAUGGAAGAUGCUUCAGCAACACUUAUUUACAGCAUUGCUAAACACUUUAUUGGAGAACCAAAACUUUUCCAAGAUCGUAGUUUAGAACUUUUAAACAAUCUUAAAUGCCCCAAAUUAGAAGAUUUUAGGUUGUAUAAAGAUAUGUUUUUAGAAAAGGUGAUGAUAAGAGAAGACUGUGGUAAUGAUUUCUGGAAAGAAAAAUUUAUCAGCGGUUUACCUUCAUUAUUUGCUGAAAAAGUUAGAACCAAAAUCAAGGAUAGGUUUAAUGGAAGAAUACCUUAUGAAAACCUAACCUAUGGUGAUAUAAUUAGCUAUGUUAAUGUUACAAGAUUAGAACUAUGCACAGAUCUAAAGCUAAAACAUUAUCUGAAAAAAGAUCAACAACAAUCCAGAAAGGAGUUAGGAAGUUUCUGUCAAGACUUCGGUUUUGAAAAGAUCUCUGCUCCUUCCAAAUCAAAAAAAUUAAUGGCUAAGAAAUCUACUAAUUCUAAACCUAUUCAUAGGAAGAAGAAAACUGUAGAUAGAUAUUUUAAACCAAAAAAGAGAACACCAAAAAGGAGUUCUAGUGAUACGUGUUGGACAUAUGGCAAAACAGGCCAUAGAUCCAAUGAAUGUCGAGUUAAUAUUAAAAAGAAAAAGAAGAUAAAUCUUCUCGAAGUUAAUGAUAAGAUAAAACAUGAACUCUACACUAUUCUAGAAGAAAAUGACAACACAUCAUCUUCUUCCAGUGAAAUUAGUGACAUUGAAAUUGAAUCAGAUACAAGUUCCAAUUCUUCUGAAUCUGAAGAUUGCGAAUGUACAUGA